AUGGACAAUAGUGCCGGGCGCAAAACAACGCCCAGCGAAGAGCUGGAGGAGGUAGAGCAGAGCCUGAAGGAGCAGAGCCCCAAGGCAAAGCAGACCUGGGCCGUGGCUACCCAGGCGCUGACCCUGACCUUCUUGGCCGAGUGGGGUGACCGCUCCCAGAUCUCGACCAUUGCUCUAGCUGCAGCGAAGGACCCACUGGGCGUGACGCUGGGUGGCAUAAUUGGCCACUCGUGUUGCACGAGCCUGGCGGUGCGCGUCCUCGGGGGCCGUGUCCUGGCCGAGCACAUCUCCGAGCGGAUGGUCGUCACCGCCGGUGGGGCGGUGGCCUCGGUGGCCGAAGCAGACUUUCGACUCUGA